AUGGCUUUCCUCAUGUUCCUUCUUCUUCAGAUUCUACGCUUUCUUCUUUCAUCCUUCUUGCUCGGUGCUUUGGCGAAAACCCAUUACCACGACUUUGUUGUGGCGCCAACUACAUACACGAGGCUGUGCGUGACAAAGGACAUCCUGACGGUGAACGGCCAGUUUCCAGGACCAACUUUAUAUGUUCACAAAGGCGAUACAGUGAUCAUCAAUGCCUAUAACCAGGGGCCCUACAACGUUACCCUCCACUGGCACGGGCUGAAGCAGCCGAGAAACCCCUGGUCGGAUGGGCCUGAAUACAUCACCAUGUGCGGCGUCCAGCCAAAGGCAAAUUUCACCUACACGCUGAUAUUUAGCGUGGAGGAAGGGACGAUCUGGUACCACGCCCACAGCGACUGGACGCGUGCUACGGUGCAUGGAGCCAUCGUCAUCUACCCACGGGAAGGAACCACAUACCCCUUCCCCAAGCCCUACAAGGAAUACACUGUAGUCAUCGCUGAGUGGUGGAAGGCAGAUGUAAUGGCGGUGCUGCAGCAAGGACUGCAGACUGGCGGCGAGUUCAACCUUUCAGAUGCCUACACCAUUAAUGGCCAACCUGGUGAUCUAUAUCCUUGCUCAAAACCAGGCACCGUCCGAUUUCAGUUCGAGUAUGGGAAAACUUACCUCUUCCGGGUGGUCGCUGCCGGGAUGAACAACGGCCACCUCCUCGGCAUAGCAAAUCACACGCUUGUAUUAGUAGGCCGAGACGGCGCUUACCUGAAACCCCUUAGAACCAAAUAUUUCAUGAUAGGCCCCGGGCAGACGGCGGACAUCCUUGUGAAAGCAAACCAACCUCCAAAUCUCUAUUACAUGGCCGCUAGUCCUUACUCUGAUGCUAAUGGCGUGGCUUUCGACAACACCACAUCCACCGCAAUAGUCGAGUACCACGGCUACAACCCUUCCACUGCCUCUCCCCAGUUGCCUGAACUUCCGCUGUUCAAUGAUACAAUUGCUGUCAACAAUGUGGCAAGGCGCCAACGAAGUCUAGCUGACAAGAAUCACCCCAUUGACGUUCCCAUGGAAAUCGACACGAAGCUUGAAUUUACAGUUUCAGUUAAUGAACUCCCAUGCGAGCAAGCUACUUGCUUAGGGCCUAAUGGAACAAGGUUAUCUGCUAGCAUGAACAAUAUUUCAUUUGUUACCCCGACGAUCGACAUACUCGAAGCUUACUACUACAAGAUCAAGAAUGUUUACACAACCGACUUCCCGGACUUCCCGCCAUACUACUUCAAUUUCACGGCGGAUUCCUUCCCCAACGACCUUCUGGUUCCGACUCGUGGAACAAAAGUGAAGGUGCUGGAGUACAAUGAGACGGUAGAUCUUGUGUUGCAAGGGACCAACUUGGUUGCAGGGGAGAAUCAUCCUAUUCACCUCCAUGGAUACAGCUUUUAUGUUCUCGCCCGCGGAUUCGGGAACUUUGAUCCUGAGAAGGAUCCACUGCAGUACAACCUGGUUGAUCCUCCGGAGUUAAAUACGGUUGGACUUCCAAAGAAUGGAUGGGCCGUCCUGAGAUUUAGAGCCAGCAACCCAGGUGUAUGGAUGAUGCAUUGCCACUUCGACCGCCACCUUUCUUGGGGGAUGGUUGCAGUCUUCAUUGUCAAAAAUGGUCCCACUGCCGAUACAAGCCUAUUGCCACCUCCACCAUACAUGCCUCCCUCCCUUCCUUGUGCUGGAAUCCAUGCAUCCAUCGUUGUGUACUCGAGAAUGGCUUUCCGCAAGCUCCUUCUUCUCCAGAUUUUAGGCUUUCUUCUUUCAUCCUCCUUGCUCGGUGCUUUGGCGAAAACCCAUUACCACGACUUUGUUGUGGCACCAACUUCAUACACGCGGCUGUGUGAGACAAAGGACAUCCUGACCGUGAACGGCCAGUUUCCAGGACCAACUUUAUAUGUUCACAAAGGCGAUACAGUGAUCAUCAACGUCUAUAACCAGGCGCCUUACAACGUCACCCUCCACUGGCACGGGCUGAAGCAGCCGAGGAACCCCUGGUCGGAUGGGCCGGAAUACAUCACCAUGUGCGGCAUCCAGCCGAAGGCAAAUUUCACCUACACGCUGAUAUUCAGCACGGAGGAAGGGACGAUCUGGUACCACGCCCACAGCGACUGGACGCGUGCUACGGUGCAUGGAGCCAUCGUCAUCUACCCACGGGAAGGAACCACAUACCCCUUCCCCAAGCCCCACAAGGAAUACACUGUAGUCAUCGGCGAGUGGUGGAAGGCUGAUGUAAUGGCGGUGAUGCAACAAGCAAUGCAGACUGGGGCCGAUUUCAACCUUUCAGAUGCCUACACCAUUAAUGGCCAACCUGGUGAUCUUUAUCCAUGCUCAAAACCAGGGACCGUCCGAUUUCCAUUCGAGUAUGGGAAAACUUACCUCUUCCGGGUUAUCGGCUCCGCGAUGAGCAACGGCCACUUCUUCGGCAUAGCAAAUCACACGCUUGUAUUAGUCGGCAGAGACGGCGCUUACCUGAAACCCCUUAGAACCAAAUAUUUCAUGAUAGGCCCAGGGCAGACGGCGGACAUCCUUGUGAAAGCAAACCGACCUCCAAAUCUCUAUUACAUGGCUGCUAGUCCCUACUCUGCCGCUGAGGGCGUGGCUUUCGACAACACCACUGCCACUGCAAUAGUCGAGUACGAGGGCUACAACCAUUCCACUACCUCUCCCCAAUUGCCUGAUCUUCCGCUGUUCAAUGAUACAAUUGCUGUCAACAAUGUGGCUAGGCGACAACGAAGUCUGGCUGACAAGAAUCACCCCAUUAACGUUCCCAUGAAAAUCGACACGAAGCUAGAAAUUACAGUUUCAGUUAAUGAACUCCCAUGCAACAAUGGUACUUGCUUAGGGCCCAAUGGAACGAGGUUAUCUGCUAGCAUGAACAACAUUUCAUUUGUUACCCCAACGAUCGACGUACUCCAAGCUUACUACAACAAGAUCAAGAAUGUUUACACAACUGACUUCCCGGACUUCCCGCCAUACUACUUCAAUUUCACGGCGGAUUCGUUCCCCAAUGACAUUCUUAUUCCAACUCUCGGAACAAAAGUGAAGGUGCUGGAGUACAAUGAAACGGUAGAGCUGGUGUUGCAAGGGACCAACUUGUUGGCAGGAGAGGAUCAUCCUAUUCAUCUACAUGGGUACAGCUUCUAUGUUCUCGCCCGAGGCUUUGGGAACUUUGAUCCUGAGAAAGAUCCACUGCAGUACAACCUGGUUGAUCCUCCGAAAUUAAAUACAGUUGGACUUCCAAAGAAUGGAUGGGCAGUCGUGAGAUUUAGAGCCAACAACCCAGGUGUUUGGUUGAUGCAUUGUCAUUUGGACCGUCACUAUUCUUGGGGGAUGAUUGCAGUCUUCAUCGUCAAAAAUGGUCCCACUGCCAAUACAAGCCUAUUGCCACCUCCACCAUAUAUGCCUCCGUGUUGAGAAGAUGCUUGACUAAACGGAGAAAAACACAUCAUGUUAAUAGGCAUAUUUGGUCUCCCUUAUGGUUACUUUUACAGGGAAUGAAGUUCAAAAUAUAUAAAUUUGAUUUGUCAUUGGCAUAUUUCUUGUAGCAUGCAAUAAACUUUGAUGUUAACCAUUGUUCGUUUGUUAUAAUAAACACCUUCUUC